CUUCAAGUGAUUUUCUGUUGCUUUCUCUCUUCCUCUCUUUCACCAUGUCUUCAGACCCUGCUCCUAAGCCCCUCCCCUUCCAUUACCAGUUCAUCGCUGGUGCGAUCGCUGGUAUUUCCGAGAUCUUGACCAUGUACCCUUUGGAUGUGGUCAAGACAAGAGCACAGCUUAGUACUGGCACUCAAAAAGUUGGAAUCGUCUCAUCAUUGAAACAAAUUGUUCAGUCUGAAGGUGUUCCAGCAUUAUACCGUGGUAUCCUUCCUCCUAUCAUGGUAGAAGCACCUAAGCGUGCAACCAAAUUCGCUACCAACGAACAAUAUACUGCCAUGUACAAGAAGAUGUUUGGCGUUGAGAAGAUGACUCAGUCUCUUGCUAUUCUUACAGGUGUCAGUGCUGGUAUCACUGAAGCCUUCCUGAUUGUUCCUUUUGAACUUGUCAAGAUCAGAAUGCAAGAUAAAGCCAAUUACGGCAAGUACAACGGCACCAUUGAUACCCUUACAAAGAUUAUAAGACACGAAGGUCCAUUGGCAUUGUUCAAUGGCUUGGAAGCUACUGUUUGGCGUCACGCUGCAUGGAACGGAGGUUAUUUCGGUGUUAUCUUUGGAGUUCGAGAUGUUUUGCCCAAGGCAGAGACCAAGGAAGGUCAACUUUUGAUCAACUUCACUGCUGGUGCCAUUGGUGGUACCGUCGGUACUGCUUUGAACACACCUUUUGAUGUCGUCAAGACCCGGAUACAGGGAUACAAUGGCACUGGACCCAGAAAGUACAACUGGACCUUGCCCUCCGUUGCUCUCGUUGCUAAAGAAGAAGGUGCCCUCGCGUUAUACAAGGGCUUCCUUCCUAAAGUCCUCAGAUUGGGACCUGGCGGUGGUAUUCUACUUGUCGUCUUCGAAACUGUCUCCAACUUCAUCCGUAAGAACAUCAUGAAGGAUUAAAAUAGUACGCACGUCUUUCGUAAAACACCUUCUAUUGCGCAGUAUGUAUUGAUGAAGCAGAGGUAUAUUUUUAGAAUCGAAAGGUGCUCCCAAUUAGACUCUGAGUAAAAAAGAAAAUUGAAAUACUGGUGUUUAUUGUUAUUAUGACUCUUGCUGUGACUUGUCAACAAACAGAUAAGCGACAGGAACAAACAACAUAGCGAGCUACAGUGGGAUG